AUGUCUGGUGCUGUGGGCCGAGAGCCAGUCUUCCCGACUCGCCAGUCACUGGGGUUAAUGAAGAGCAAGCUGAAGGGAGCCGAGACAGGUCACAGCUUGUUGAAACGGAAGAGUGAAGCAUUGACUAAGCGCUUUCGAGAAAUUACACGUCGCAUCGAUGAGGCCAAGCAAAAGAUGGGUCGUGUUAUGCAGAUUGCGGCCUUUUCCCUAGCUGAAGUGAGCUAUGCUGUGGGUGGAGAUAUCGGAUACCAGGUUCAGGAGUCCGCCAAACAGGCUCGCUUCCGAGUGCGUGCGAAGCACGAGAACGUCUCUGGUGUUUUCCUCCCUCAGUUCGAGAGCUACACAAAGGAUGGAAUCAAUGAUUUUGCCUUGACUGGUCUUGGUAAGGGUGGUCAGCAAAUCCAACGCUGCCGGGAGACAUACGCACGAGCUGUGGAGACAUUGGUGGAGCUGGCUAGUCUACAGACUGCUUUCUUAAUCUUGGAUGAGGUGAUCAAGGUUGUCAAUCGAAGAGUCAACGCCAUUGAGCAUGUCAUUAUUCCUCGGACUGAGAAUACUAUUAAAUAUAUCAACUCUGAGCUGGAUGAGCUCGACCGAGAGGAAUUCUACCGCCUCAAGAAGGUCUCCAACAAGAAACAGCGAGACACCGCCGCUGCAGACGCUGAGAUUUUGGCAGCUCGGCAAAGGAAGAAGGAAGCUGAGAAGAAGAAGGAAGCUGAGAAGAAGAAGGAAGCUGAGCAGCAAGCAAAGAACAGCACCCCGGCCCAGGAGGCCACAGGUGCCACAGAUGCUACGGAGACCCUGGAGGCCGCAGAGGCCGCAGAGACUACGGAAGCUACGGAGGCUACGGAAGCCGUGGAACCAGAGGAACCUGAGCCUGUGGAUGUUUUGGGCGAGCAGGAAGACAACGAUGUUAUCUUCUAA